GAGCAUUAAAGCAGAUGUACCUUACCUUCCAAGUCUAUUUUGGUGUGUAUUCUCUAACACGUAUUUAAUCUUUUUUAACUCUUUCAAAAUAUCAUUUGUCUUACUCACCAAGCGAUAAGCAAUGUCCGACAGUAUCAGCUCUAUUCUACCUGGAACGCGUCGCCUGGGUCUUGGUCGACGCAGAAUCCAGAAAACGGAUCUGGUUUACGGCGCCGGCAUUUCUGAGAGUUCCGGCGACGUGAGCUUGUUCCCUUCAAACAGCAUGCCAGCACGCAAUGCGUACCAGCUGAUCCACGACUCGCUCAAGUUUGACGGCGACCCGACGCUCAACUGCGCGACCUUCCUAACUACGUGGAUGGAGCCCGAGGCGGAAAAGCUGAUUAUGGAAAACCUGGGCAAGAACCGCGUCGACAUUGAUGAGUACGAGGCGACGGAGCGCAUCCACCGCCGCUGUCUGGCCCACCUGCACGACCUGUGGAAUGGCGAGAAGGGGGUCGAGCCCACGGGCACUGUUGUCGUCGGUUCUUCUGAGGGAAUCAUGCUCGGUGGCCUGGCCCUCAAGUGGAGAUGGCGCGCGCGCCGCGAGGCCCAGGGCAAGGACACUUCUAAGCCGAACAUUGUGUUUGCUGCAAACGCGCAGGUUGCCCUAGAAAAGACCGCGCGGUACUUUGACAUCGAGUCGCGCCUGGUGCCUGUUUCUGAGGAGUCGCAUUACUGCCUGGACAUCCACAAGGCGCUCGAUAUGAUCGACGAGAAUACCAUUGGCAUGUUCCUGAUACUGGGCAGCACAUAUACAGGCCACUACGAGAAGGUGCUCGAGAUGUCCCAGCUGCUUGAUAAGCUCAAGGCCGACACCGGGUUUGAUGUGCCAAUCCAUGUCGACGGAGCCAGCGGCGCUUUUGUCGCGCCAUUCGCGCAGCCCGACUUGUGCUGGGACUUUAGAGUGCCACGCGUUGUGUCCAUCAGCACCAGCGGACACAAGUUUGGGUUGACGUAUCCAGGCAUUGGCUGGGUCCUCUGGCGCGCGACUGAGUAUCUGCCCGACGGACUGACCUUUGAGCUGAGCUACCUCGGUGGCAUUGAAAAGACAUUCACGCUCAACUUUUCGCACCCUGCGUGCUUCCUCAUUGCCCAGUACUACCAGUUUAUUAGAUUUGGUCGUGAAGGCUACGCGCGCGUGAUGAACUCUUGCCUGUAUCACGCCCGGCUGCUGUCGGUUGCGCUGGAGGCCACAGGCAUGUACGAGUGCAUCUCGGACAUCCACCGUCCGCGCGGCCAGUUUGGCUACUCUGAGGAGAGCCGCCUGGCGGCCGGUAAUUUGUUUCAAGAGUCGGUGUCGUUAGAGCUAAAGUCGUCGGGGUCCAAUCCAUCGGUCAACCGCCUGUUCAAUCACGGCCUGCCUGAGGUCGCCUUCCGCUUUACCGACUGGUUCAUCGAAAAGCACCCGACAGCUAACCAGGACAUAGUCUCAACCCUGCUGCGCGUCCGCGGGUGGAUUAUUCCCAACUACCCGCUGCCUCCAAACAUGAACAAGCUGCGCGUCCUGCGUGUUGUUAUUAAGGAGGCGUCAUCCGAGGACUUUGUCAACCGAUUGGUGCGGGACAUCCUAUGGGCAACCAAGACCAUGCUGGACACGCAGAACCAGACGCUCGGCGAAGCGCUGAGCAAGCCGCUAGCCAACAGCAAGUCGACGUCCAACCUUGCUCAACAAAUCGCUUCGUCCAACAGAACCACGAUGGACAACAGCCAGAAGCACUCCCACUGGAAGGGUCUUCUCAAGCGCAUCGGUGAGAUGCACACAACCGCCGACAACGAGUCCGGCGGGCCCAGCAAGGAGCCUGUGCUCGAAAUCACCGAUAAUGGCAGCAAAAAGACAUUAUACCAGAAGUCGUGCUGAUCCCAGUGACGCAAAAGCCAAAGCAAACUAAGCAUU